GGAAGGUUAGGAGGGAUUUGGGGAGGGGUGGUGAUGGUGGUUGAGGAGUCAGGAUUUGGGAUGGAGUGGUGAUGGUGGUUGAACGGCGGUCAGGAUCUAGAGUAGACCACCACAUACCAUCACACUAUGAUAUAUAUUGACCGACUACAUAUAUUUUAUAUCCCUACGAGUGGCCGGAAUCUUCAGCCAAGAUAAUGAAUAUGACCCUAUCCCAGUAGCGUACCAGCUACAAUUCUCACUAUACUGAACGCAUGUCUUUCGCACCUCGCACGUGACCACCUUCCCCCUUCAGGAACAAUCAACACUAGUCCCCAAACAACCUAGCGUCACGGAAACCUGUCACUCUCCUCCCCAGUGACUAAUGUACUCCGCGUCAUCGCUGGUAAGCCCAAAAGUUGCCAAGCCAAGUCCAGCCACACCCAGCCAGUUGUGUCACUCCGCCUUGAUUCGCCCUCGCACCCUCACACCCGGCUCGGUUUCGUUGCCUUGCAGCAACGCCUCCCAUCAACGUCGUCCAGUCCCCUCCAUCCCUCCUCUUCUUACACCAUCCCAAUCGUCCUUCUUUCCCAAUAACAUCAUAUCAUAACAACAACAAUACUACAAACGACUGUGCGCCAUAUACAUAUCUACUGCGAAUUGAUAACCUCCACCAAACCCGUACCCGUCGAUACAGCUUCCUGGUCGCAAUCAUGAAGGGCGCACUCUUCACGGCGGCUAUGCUGCUGGGCUCGGCGUCGGCCGGUGUCCACAAGAUGAAGCUCCAGAAGAUCCCUCUUGCUGAGCAGCUGGAGUUUGCCAAUGUCGAGACCCAUGUGAGGAGUCUCGGCCAGAAGUACAUGGGCAUCCGCCCGCAAACCCACGUCGAUGCCGUCUUCCAAGAGCCAUCGUCCGUUAAGCAGGGCGGCCACCUCGUCCCCGUCAGCAACUUCUUAAACGCACAGUACUUCUCCGAGAUCACCAUCGGCAACCCACCACAGUCAUUCAAGGUCGUCCUCGACACCGGCAGCUCCAACCUCUGGGUGCCAUCCCAGUCCUGCGGCUCCAUCGCUUGCUACCUCCACAGCAAGUACGACUCGAGCGAGUCGACCAGCUACGAGAAGAACGGCACCGAGUUCGCCAUCCAAUACGGCUCCGGCAGCGUCAGCGGCUUCAUCUCCCAAGACCAAGUCAACAUCGGCGACCUAGUGAUCAAGGACCAGCUCUUCGGCGAGGCCGUCGAGGAGCCCGGACUCGCCUUCGCCUUCGGUCGCUUCGACGGCAUCCUCGGUCUCGGCUUCGACACCAUCUCCGUCAACAAGGUCGUCCCCCCCUUCUACAGCAUGAUCGACCAGGGCCUCCUCGACGAGAAGGUCUUCUCCUUCUACCUCGCCGACGACAAGUCCCAAUCCGAGGCCGUUUUCGGCGGAAUCGACAAGUCCCACUACACCGGCGAGCUGACCUACAUCCCCCUCCGCCGCAAGGCCUACUGGGAGGUCGACUUCGACGCCAUCUCCUUCGGCAAGGUCAGAGCGGACCUCGACAACACGGGCGUCAUUCUCGACACCGGCACCUCGCUCAACACCCUCCCCUCCUCCCUGGCUGAGCUCCUCAACAAGGAGAUCGGCGCCGAGAAGGGGUAUAACGGCCAGUACAGCAUCGAUUGCAAGAAGCGCGAUGAUCUCCCGGAUAUCACAUUCACCCUUGCUGGACACGACUUCGCGCUUGGCGCGCAUGAUUAUAUCCUCGAGAUGGGAGGAAGCUGCGUGUCUACCUUUAUGGGAAUGGAUAUGCCCGAGCCCGUUGGCCCGUUGGCUAUCCUGGGUGAUGCGUUCUUGAGGAGGUGGUACAGCGUGUAUGAUCUUGAGAAGGGUGCUGUUGGCCUGGCUGCUGCGAAAUAGAUGGGGCGUAGCAUAUUGAGAAGCUAGAGGGAGCUGGUGAGGGGAGGAAAGAGGUUGAUAUAGUGGAUUGGAUGGGGAGGCGAGUGAAGGGACAGGAGAGUGCAGUUUUGUGACAUUGUGUCGUCUUUACUUGUCUGUUGUUUUCCUUUUCGCAUUUCUCUUUCGUCUCUCUUCUUCUCCUUCUGUGAGAACACAGCAUGCUGCUGCCUUUUUUUGUGAAACUUUUUUUUUUGGAUCUGAGAUUCGAGAAGGGGGGUUAAUUCGAGCAAAUGCAUAUUGUCAACCAUCUAUCUCCUUUUAUAUCUGGG